CCUCCUUAUAAUACGCCGUUCCAUUACACGCAUCCGGCAUCCCUCUGCCUCUCCUCCUUCAUCACUGCCUGCUCAUACACAGCUUUACAGCAAAAUCUCUCUCUCUCUCUCUCUCUCUCUCUCUCUCUCUCUCUCCCCCGCGUAAGUAUAUACAUUGAUUAAGUAUAUACAUCGAUUAUUUACGCCCACUAAUUAUCAUCAAUAUUAUAAGUAGGAAAAAAAUAAUUUCUUAUUAUUUUUUUUGUAUGAUCUGUUUGAUUUUCUUUCCGAAAAAUCAGCAGCAGAUUGAUUUCAGUUUGUUUAUUCAGAUUCUUGCAAAGUUGAGUUUUUUAUACAUGCCCUUUUCAUAAAAAUCUCAUCUUUGCCCUAAAACAAUGGGGUUUUAGUUCAUUCAUGAGUAGAUACACACAAUAUGCUUAAUUCUGUAUCUAUCCAUAUGGGUUUUGUUCAUACUUAAUUGAUGAAUUUGUGCUGAUUUAUGAUCUGGGCUAGUGUUAGAUUUCGGGUUUGUGAUAAAGUUAGGAUCUUUACUUCAUUUUAGUGUUUUCUUGAUUGUGUUAUUGAAUUGAUUCAAUUAGGUUGAAUCGUGUUGUGUAUGGUUUGGUGAUUAUGAAUUGAUUGAUUAGAGUUUGAUGAGGAGGAGGUUGGCGGGUAAUUUUUCUUUAGAAAGUAUGGAGAAGGGUAGUGGAAAGAAUCAACCUUCUCGAAUUUUUUUAUUAGCUGCAUUGGCUGUGUGUUUCUGGAUUUUGCUAUUGUACUUUCAUUUUGUGUUUUUAGGAGGUAGUACUGUUAACCAGUCUGCAGAAAUGAUUCCUGCGUCUUCUGUUAAAGAAUCUCGACAAAUUGUUGUUGGUCGUCCAAUGACUACUAGUCGGUCCUCUAUUGAUAUUAGGAAUAAACCAAAGGAUAUUGGCGGUACUGAUUCAGAUGUUAAUUGGUCUGUGCCUAUAAGUCAGUCUGUUGAUACUCGUAGUGAACCUAAGAUUUCUGAUGAGUCUGGUUCGGUUACACGAUCAGAUAGUGAAACUAAUUAUUCUGAUGAGUUUAGUUCAGUUGUUACUCAAUCAGAUACCGAAAUUAAGAAUUCUGCUCAGUCUAGUCCGGUUGGUACUAAAUCGGCUAGUGAACCUAAGAUUUCUGAUAAGUCUAGCUCAGUUGUCACUCAAUCAACUGAUUCACAAGAAUUGCCUGUUAGGAACCCACCAACUAAUGUUAAUGGAAAACCAAAAGAUUUCCUGUUUAUGAAGGCAUUGAGGACUGCAGAGAAUAAGAGUGAUCCAUGUGGUGGGAGAUAUAUCUAUGUCCACGACCUUCCUCCAAGGUUUAAUGAGGAUAUGCUCAAGGAAUGUAGAAGUCUUAGCCUUUGGACCAACAUGUGUAAAUUUACCACAAAUGCCGGCCUUGGCCCUCCACUUGAAAAUAAGGAAGGAGUGUUCUCAAAUACAGGAUGGUAUGCCACAAAUCAGUUUGCUGUUGAUGUGAUCUUCAGUAAUCGGAUGAAGCAAUAUGAAUGUUUGACCAAGGAUUCUUCACUUGCAGCAGCUGUUUUCGUUCCCUUUUAUGCAGGGUUUGAUAUUGCACGUUACCUCUGGGGGUACAAUAUAUCGACAAGAGAUGCGGCUUCUCUUGAUUUGGUUAAUUGGCUUGCAAAGAGACCAGAGUGGAAAGUAAUGGGCGGGAAAGAUCAUUUCCUUGUUGCUGGUAGGAUAACUUGGGAUUUUAGGAGGCUGAGUGAUACAGAAACUGACUGGGGUAACAAGCUCCUGUUUUUACCUGCUGCGAAAAAUAUGUCCAUGCUUGUGGUGGAGUCAAGCCCGUGGAAUGCAAAUGAUUUUGCUAUCCCUUAUCCGACUUACUUUCAUCCAGCAAACGAUGCUGAAGUGUUCAUGUGGCAAGACCGUGUGAGGAAAAUAGAACGAAACUGGCUCUUUUGUUUUGCUGGUGCACCUCGUCCAGAUAACCCCAAAUCAAUAAGGGGUAAGAUCAUUGAAGAGUGCAAACAAUCAAAGGUAGGAAAAUUGUUAGAAUGUGAUUUUGGGGAGAGCAAGUGUCAUUCUCCAAGUAGCAUAAUGCAGAUGUUUCACAAUUCUGUAUUUUGCCUACAACCACAAGGUGAUUCAUAUACAAGGAGAUCAGCUUUUGAUGCCAUGUUAGCCGGUUGCAUUCCAGUAUUCUUUCAUCCCGGCUCUGCAUAUAUACAAUACACCUGGCAUCUUCCGAAGAAUUACUCUACAUACUCUGUGUUUAUUCCGGAGGAUGAUAUACGCACAAAAAAUAUCAGCAUAAUGGAUAGACUUGGUGCUAUUCCUCCAGAGCAGGUUAUAAAGAUGAGGGAGGAGGUUAUAAAUCUUAUUCCGAGACUGGUAUAUGCAGAUCCUCGCUCAAAAUUGGAGACUUUCAAGGAUGCCUUUGACGUAGCUGUGCAGGCAGUUAUCAACAAAGUAACCAAGUUGAGGAAAGACAUUACUGAAGGCCGUACUAAUGAUAAUUUUAUUGAGGAGAUCAGCUGGAAAUAUGACUUGUUAGAAGAAGGGCAAGAGAUUGGAUAUCAUGAAUGGGAUCCCUUUUUCUCAAAACCAAAAAACAAUGGUAAUGCUGACUCUGAUGCUUCAUCAACCGAAGCAUCUAAAAAUUCGUGGAAAAAUGAGCAAAGGCAACAUUCAUAAGCUGGAUUACUUUUAUCAUAAAGUUGUUAAUUGUCGAAUUGGAUUCAUAGACUUGGUCACUGGAGUGCCAAGGCUACAGUGGAAAAGAAGCCGACAACAUUUGAACCUGGCUAAAGAUAUCAGAUGAAAGUUGCUGCUUUCUCCUUGUCCACUAAGAAGUUUUGAAUGCACAAAUACAGAAAGUACGUAUUCCCUCUAUAGUUUAUCUAAUAUUCAUAAAUGAUGUGAUUUUUGUUAAGGUUUUUGAGUAGAAUAGGUAUACAGAAUGUUCUAUAGCUAAAGUUGGUACUGAAUUUAUAAAUUUAUCAUUUUGUGUUCCUUAUAUAAAAGAUUACAGAAAUAUUUACGUUCU